AUGGGUGACAUGAAAACCCCAGAUUUUGAUGAUCUUUUGGCAGCCUUUGACAUCCCAGAUGCCACAGGGUUGGAUGCCAAAGAGCCCCUACAGGGUGGUCAUGAGGAAACAGAGAGUCAGCUUAAACACACAGGGAUAUGCCUGGAUGACAGCUUACUGGGCAAAUCUGUCCCAACAACAGAUAUUCCUGCUGUAAGUGUUAUUGUGAAGAACACAAGCUGCCAGGAGUCUUUGGAGGGGUUUGGACCGGCACUGCAAAAUGGAUUCAGGGGACAAGAGUCCUCAAAUGACUGUGAUGGGACGACAAACACGGCUUUAUCCAAAUCGUUUGUCUCUGCGUUGAAUGGGGAGGAUCCAAGAGGACUUCUUGGAAAGGCUCCCAUUCAGCACAAACCAGAUGGGACGCCAAUAUUUUCACAGUCACGCUCUCAUUUUAGUCCCAUCUCCAGUCCAGAGUCCGAAGAUGCUCAGAGUAGCAGAGUUCAAGAGUACCCGAAUCAAGAGAAACCCUGUUUUCCAGAGACUUCAGUCUUGGUGGAACCCUUAGUUGCAGAUCAUUCAAAAAAUCUGGACCUUAGCAUGUUUGGUGACUGUCCCAAGGCCUCUGAUAUUCUCAAAAGCAAAGAGAGGACAUCAGUACAAAGUGAUGGGAGCAAGGAGCCCCCUGACAUCUCAGCUGAUAAUGAAAUGGAUAAAACACUCAGAAUACACAGUGCACUUCCUCCACCAAAUAGUACCCAGAGCUUUACCGAUACUAAUGGCAGUCCAGGAACCACAGUAGAUACUCUUAGUGCUCUUGGCAAAUCUCAGACAUCCAAACUAUCCUCUUGCCUUGAGGCUCUGGUGGCUCUGAAUGCUAGAAAAGAUCCCAGGGAGCCGUCAACAGGUCAGAAUGAAUGCAUGAAAGCAAGCCCCAACGUGCCCAUUUCCCCAAGAAGCCCCAGAAGUCCACUUGAAGCUGUGAAACGGUUAGUCAAACCUUCUGAUAGUCCUGUAAGCAUCUGUAGUGACAGUAGUGGCAAGGCUUCCCCAGCAGUGGCAUCAGGGUCACCUGCUGCUAUACCCAGGGUCAGAAUUAAAACCAUCAAAACCACCUCUGGACAAAUCAAGCGCACAGUCACUAGUGUGCUUCCAGAUUCAGAAACAGAUGACAUUCAUUCUGCGUAUGAAUCCUCUCCAUCACAGAGUAUGAUUAGUGAGGAUUCUUACUGUAAUAUGUCUCCGCAUCAGUCUCAUGGUGCAGUGAGUGACAGCACUGUUGGAACACAGGCCAAAGUUUUCACAGCAAGUGCACCCUCACAAAAAGUUAUAAACAACAGAUCCGAGGCCAACUCAAGGAAGACAAGCAAAUCACAGUCUGCAACAUUAUUUCAUAGUACAAGUGGUCCUGUCAAACUUUCCUCAACGCAUCAUAAGCAGAAAACAAAAAGGGGAUCAGCAGCGUUGAGCCAGACAACCGGCACUAACUUCCUUCCCAAAGCAAUGCACUUAGCCAGUCUUAACCUGGUCCCCCACAGUGUUGCUGCUUCAGUUGCUGCACGAUCCUCCUCUCAUCAUCCAAGCAAACACACACUCUCUUCUACGGUAUACAGCACUGUCCCACUGGUACAUCAGAUCAAAACAGCCAAGCCUUAUCCUCACACGUCCAUUCACAAUACAGCAGCAGGAACCUUAAACAGACUGUUGAAUAACUCCAAUCCCUUGCCAACAUACGUGCCCAACCUGAACCCACCUGCAGAGAGCAACAUAAGCCUUCCACCUCGCGGAUACUGCUGCCUUGAGUGCGGGGACUCGUUUGGGGUGGAGAGGAGUCUAACGUAUCAUUACAGCAGAAGGAGUGUUCACAUUGAAGUAGGUUGCACGCACUGUUCAAAGACAAUGGUGUUCUUCAAUAAGUGUGCCUUAUUGGCUCAUGCACGGGAGCACAAGAGCAACGGCAUGGUGAUGCAGUGCACACAACUUCAUAUGAAGCCCAUAGCGGAGGAACAAAUGUUUGUUCCCCUAAGUGCCGAACCUUUAAAUGUGGACUCUUCACCCUCACCCUUGCUCAAAAGUCAACCUGUCCUGCCUCUGUACCCUGACCAUACUACUCGCCACAGACUCCGCUGUUUAGAGUGUAACAAGCAGUUACCUGACCACAAAGCACUUGCAGGCCACUACCAGAGGCCGUCAGAAGAUGUGGAAGGACUAGUGAGUACAUGUUUUUGGAAAAAGUUUGUUAUAUUCUUUAAUUCUGCUUUAAUCUGACUUUGCCAGUUUAUCACUGGACCUCAAACCCGAGUCCAUUUAACUUCUCUGAAGGCAUAAAGUUUUAUAAAUGGUUCAUAUAAAAUGAUAAAUAUUUUAUAGAGCUAUAAAACCUGUGCUAGAGUACACAAAGUACCUGUAUUAAUUAACUUAAGCACUCCAUUGUUUUAUUGAACACGGGUUUACAAAUAUUUAAAUUAUUUUGUGUAAAAACUCAAGUAGAUGAGACAGUCAAUUGAAAGUUAUGACUACACAAACAGGUCAAGAAAAUGCUGAAUGAAGCCCAAAAUAACUUAAAUAAAUACAUAAGUGUUCAUAAACUAUGGAUUCUGUUUUCAUGUUUCUUUUUCUCUUUCAUUAUUUUCUUUUAUCGAAUAGACAUGUCAGGUGUGUUCCAUGCUGUUACCCAACAAGUGCAGCUUCAGAGCUCACGGACGCAUUCACUCGCAUAAGUCCCCCUAUUGCUGUCCUGAGUGUGGUGCCGUGAGUCGUUCUGCAGACAUACAGAAGCACGUCAAGGAAAACUGUCUCCACUACGCUCGCAAAGCCUGGUACAAGUAAGUAACUGCUGUAAAAACGAAAGCUUUAUUAAAACAUUCGAUACAGUGAUCCAAGAAAAAGUAGCAUUAUGUUUUUUGUCCUUUCUAGAUGUCUUCACUGUGAUAUGGUUUUCAAAACCCUCCAAGGACAAAAGACUCACGUUGAAGAGAAACACUGUGAAGUUUUUUACAAGUGCUCCAUCUGUCCGGUUGCCUUCAAGACCCCUGACAGCUGCGAAGUUCAUUUAAACAUUAAACACAAUGCCAGCAAAACAUCCCCCCAGUGAGUCAACAUCUCAUGACCUAGCAGUUGAAAGAUCUGCAUGCCUUUUUAUGGGUCACUUGAACUUAUUCCUCUUUUUAUUUGCAGGUUAAUUUUUAAGUGUUCGUGCGAGACAAUUUUCAAGAAAAAGCAGUUAUUGUUGCAGCAUUUCCAUCAGAAUGCCAACAAACGAGUUACGUGUGUGUUCAAGUGUCCAGAAUGCAACUCGGUGUUUCCACAAAAGCAGCUGUUAAUGCAGCACUUCAAGGUUAGUCCUUUUUUGUACAUCUUUUGAUCACUUUUAUACUUUUGUCUAAAAAAAAAAAUAAGCACAUGAUGCAGACAAAUCCACACGGUGGGUUUUCUUUUAUUCCACCAUACUGGCUUUGGAUAUGUCAGUAAGACCCAUGUGCAAGACAAAUCAUGACUUACAAGGACAAACAGCCAGGUCUCUUUUAUGAUGAUUUUUUAAAUAAAGUAAUGUCUGUUUUCUAGGGUGUUCAUAUAGGAACCAUCACAGCAGAAUCAGAGAAUCCCAGCAGUCAAACGAGCCGUGCUGACUGGCACCAGGAUGUGCGUUCUUCCCAACAACACAAGAGUCCAAGUAAACACACAGAAAAUCCCAGAAAAAAGACUGAGCAGGAUGAGCGAAGAGUGCGUGUGAAGCCCACUGGCUGGACGUGUGGGGAGUGUCUCCAGUUUUUCCCUGAACGAGAUUCUUAUGUUUCUCAUGUGAAGACCAAACAUGGAAAGGUGAGAGGACACAAAGUCAGUUUGAUAGAACAUUUAAGUGCUCACUCUAAACAUGAAUACUAGCUCAAAUUUGUUUUCAGUUACAAUUAUGGAUAUGUAAAAUUGGUGAGGUUACUGUAAUACAACUUUAAGAGGAGUUGUAUUGAGAUUAACAAUUAUUUAUGGUUAUUACCAGAAGUGCUAAAGCAAUAAAAUCAUAAAAGUUCCUCUUUUGUAAAUAGAAAAUUCAUUGAUGUUGUUUUUUUCUCCCUUAGUCCAUAAGAAAGUAUCCUUGUAGACAUUGUGAGCAGUCUUUCAACUCUGCAACCAGUCUGCGACGGCAUAUUCGCAGUGACCAUGAUGGAAAAAAGAAAAUCUAUACUUGUUGGUAAGAUUUUAGUGAAAAAUGAUUUCACUGUUGCCCCUCUGUGGGCUUAUCAAGUAUAACCAAAACUUGAUCACCUUUCACUUACAUUCCAUGUUUUUGUUUUUUCACAAUUCAGGUAUUGCACAGAUAGUAAGACAAUAUUUACAACAAGUGUUAUGUUGAAGAACCACAUCAGUCUGAUGCAUGGAAUCAAGAACCCAGAUCUCAGCCAAAUGCCAAAAACAGCUGUCCAGGAAUCAAAAAAGGCUUUACGAAAGGUAGUUAUUCCUCUAACACAAACAACAAAGCAAUAAUAAAAGGCUAAAACGUUGACAGUAUUGAUCUUACAGCAUGUGUGAUGUGUGUGCAUGUCUGUGAUUUGCAGGGGCAUGUGUUAGAAAGACCUGCCAUGGACGACCAGAAGGGGGGGCAGGAUUGCACGUCUAGUCUUGAAGCUCCUUCUGCAAAGCGUCUGAAAACUCAUUACCGCUGCUCAAAGUGUGGCUUUGUCACAGAUGACAGUACAAAGUUCCAGCAGCACAUACCGCAGCAUAAAACUGAUGAAAACACUCCUCAGUGCCUUCACUGUGGCCUGUGUUUCACAUCUGUACUGUCUCUCAACAGACAUCUUUUUAUUGUGCACAAAAUCAAGAAACCUGAGGAAGAGGAUAAAGAAGAGAAGGAGGCGGUAACUGUAAAGGUUAGGGAGAAGGAGCAAGAGAGUGAGCCAGACGGAUACGAAGAUACUGAUGAGGUCAAAGACUUGUUACCGGAGUUUAAUGAACCUGAGCCCUUGCAGGCAGAUGAGCCAGCAGGUCUGCACUGUGACAGGACCGCAGACAGUAAUUUGAAACUGAGCACUCACUCUCAGAAAGAAGCAGUCUCUCUGAACUCCUCUUUAAAGCUGCUUUAA